AUGGGGAAAAUGUUUGAUAAGAAUCCUGUUAACACCUCUGCAAACUUAAUCACCUCUCUACUGAUAAAAAAUGCAUCAAUUGCUGAUCUGUGGAACUUGGAUAAUCUAGGCAUCAAAGAUCCUGUUGAAAUAAAAUCUAAAGAAGAGACACAUCAAUUAGUUAUGCAACAGUUCCAGCGAACGGUGAGAAGGGAUAAAGAAGGUUGUUACAUCGUGAAGCUGCUUUGGCUAGAACAGGAGAUUCUGAAGGAAAAUAAAUUGGUUGCAGAGCGUAGGUGUGCAUCAACUGCGGAGAAACUUACUAAGGAAGGCAAAUAUGCAGAUUAUGAGGCUGUUUUCCAGGAAUGCUUAGCAGAGAAUAUUACUGAAGAAGUACCACCUGAAGAAGAAAAUAUCCCAUGCCAUUAUUUACCCCAUCGAGGCGUUUUAAAAAAAAACUCCACCACAAGCGUUCGACCUGUUUUCGAUGCUUCAUGUAGCUCCGGUCAUUCUGCGUCACUAAUGUUCUAG